CUAUUUUUUAUUAUAUGUAUUGUUAGUAAUAUUCUUUAUUCGAAAAUUAUGCUCUUGUCGAAAUAUUUUAAUAGUAAUACGAAUUUAUACCUUGUGUCGACAUUUACAAUAGAAAUAAAUUGCAGUCUGUAGUUUUAUUAUGUCAACAAAUAAUUCUUUUGAUCGAUGCGAAAUCUAACAGACGUAAGAAUAGACUCAACAGUAAUGUAACGAAUGUCAAUGAGGAAAAGAAAGAUGGUUCGAAGAACGUGAUUCACAAACAGAUCCCAACUGUUUUCCGAUAUUGCACGCGAAUCAACUGGAUUGUUCCAAGAACUCUCUUUACCAAGAACAUCAUAACGAAUCAUGCGCGAUGAACGAAGUGCUAAGAAUACGUGAAAUAUUUUGUGAUCGCAAAUUCACAGAAAUCCUGGCAAGUACACUUGCUCGAGAAAGUCUUUGCAUAGUGACUUUCCUUAUUUAAUUAUAAGAAUAAAUAUUAAAGAAAAAAGCAUUCUUUUCCUUCAUAGAUUAAGUAGUCGGUUUUUGUUGCAGUUUGUGCAGAUCCAUCAUCGAUAAAUUUCAAUAUGGCGGACCGGAAUUUCAAUCUUAAUGAAUGUGGACGCUUAAGUAUUUUAGUUACAGUGAAGUGUCAGUUGUCAAUCAUGUGACUAUAGAUGACACUAUUCUUAAUAAGGAGUUCUUAUUCACUGUCAAUCAUGCUUUCUUUCUUGGUACAACCGGUGAUGGCAAAACAUCUGAACGGUAUAGUGACAGAGAAUCUAUUCCACGUACAACUCUUAUUCAAAGGUUCCAAAAUAGUGCCAUAUACAGAGACUGUACUGUACAUCUAUUUUACACAGUAAAUAAAUUUCAUUUGAACCGAAAUGAAACAUUUCAAUUAAAUACUAUGAAAUUGAGAUAAAGCAUUUAAUUGACUCAUAAA